UAGUAUUCUAACAACAAUAAAAUGCAGUCUAUUGAAGUUUCUGUUAUAAACCUUUAAAAUAUAACUCUUGUUACAAAGUCGGAAUCCUAGUAACGACGCCAGCUCUCGUGUCGACAUGAUAUAUAACAGUCACAAAGGAUUGCCGGGUAAAGCCAAAUAAUUGAAACUGUGUGAUUGUGUGUUUGCCAAUAAUUAAAGAAUAAUUACUGGUAGUUGGGAGUUCAAAAUGUGGUCAUGGAUAGGACAGUACCAUUCAGAUUUUUUGCACACAGAAAUCGGUGGAUAUGAAGGACGACCGCCAAGCAAAGUUAGUUUUUCUCGGAAUAAGAAAUGUCCUAAGCAUGAGAUGGAGCUUGUGGGAAAAUGGUCGGCGGUAGAUGGUUUAAAGUUGGAACCAAUUCUAUCAAAUUAUCCAAAAAUCAGAAAAUCCAUCAAAAAUAAAUUAAACAGUGAGAAAGGUCUGGAAGAUAGUACUUAUAUAUACUAUAAUUACUAUUACAUCGUUCCUGUUGUCUUCUCGGAUUCAGAUAAAUGGAACUUAGAAGAAGAAAUGUGGUCACUGGAUUCUGUGAUCAUCAGAAAGAAAGAAAGUCAAGGAUUCUUGAAAUAUUUUAAUACUUCUACAAGUAGCAACAAGAAACUGUGUGAUUGUGUGCCGGACAAUUCGAGAAUAAUUACUGGUAGUUGGGAGUUCAAAAUGUGGUCAUGGAUGGAAAAGCAUCAUCUAGGAAUCGGUGGAUAUGCUAGAGGACCACCCAGCAAAUUUAUGCUUUCACGGAAUAAGAAAAGUCGUAAGCAUGAGAUGGAGCUAGUGGGAGAAUGGUCGGCGGUAGAUGGUUUAAAGUUGGAACCAAUUCUAUCAAAUUAUCCAAAAAUCAGAAAAUCCAUCAAAAAUAAAUUAAACAGUGAGAAAGGUCUGGAAGAUAGUACUUAUAUAUACUAUGAUUGCAAUUAUAUGGUUCCGGUCGUCUUCACGGAUUCAGAUAAAUGGAACUUAGAAGAAGAAAUGUGGUCACUGGAUUCUGUGAUCAUCAGAAAGAAAGAAAGUCAAGAAUUCUUGAAAUAUUUUAUUACUUCUACACGUAACAGCAAGAAAGGUCGGUUGGGGAAAAUGACAAAGAAACAUGAAUUCCAGUCUGAUCAAGAUUCAUCAUCUUUUCCAAAUAUCUUACGUUUUGUCGAGCACCAAUUAAAAGAGCCGAAAAACAAUGACUGUUAUAUUCAUUUGUAUUUCGAUGUGAGUUACGGAAAUGUACACUGCGAUACAGAAACCUUCAAGUUGGAAACAGAACUGAUAUCACUACGAGAGAAGUUGCUACAUUCUGUUUCAACAUCAAAUCCCAAUUACAGGUAUGGCUCUGUACUCGUUUUUUUGGCCCCUUUAUUAAUUCGAGUACUUCGGCUAUGCACUACCAUAAAAAUACAAAUAGCGGUGUUCUUGAUGUUAGUGGGUCCAGUGACAACAGAUGUGUUACCAGAUUCUGUGUUCGAGUGGAAAAAUACAACAAAUCCUGUUAUCAGUACUAUGCGUCAAAGAAUUGCCCUGGAGUGGAAAUAUGAAUCUAAAGAACCUGUCAGUAGCAUGGUCUUUACACGUUUUAGGAACAGCGCGGAUCAUAAAGUUCCUGUAGGAAAAUGGACAAAGGAAGAGGGGUUCAAACCAGAUCCCUUCAUAUCAACUGAAUUGAACCUUGUUACAGUUCACAUAAACGGGACGAAUGAGAAGAAAGUAUCUUUGAUACUAGAAAAUCCUAUCCAUAUAGACUACGACCUCCAGUACAACUGUCAAGUGAACUGUGGCGAUCCAUUACCAAGGAAUAAUAUGUCAAUUGAAUUGAGAGCGCUGAAACCAAAAUGGACAGAUUAUGAAGUUGGAAAAAAUGCAACGUUGGGACAAGACGUUACUUUUAUGUUGGAAUAUAAAUAUCCAUUUAAAGCGAUUGCUGUGUUUAUAAGACGAGAAAACAACAGUAACAGUGAAAUGGUCGAGAUAGGAUAUUGGUACCAGGAUAAAUUUACUGACCUGGGUCAGUUUAUCAAUAGAGCGAACGUUACAAAAACACCAAAUGAAGAUCAAACUGGUGAAAAGAUCAGUCUAACAUUGAAAAACGUCACAGUUGAAGAUUUUGGAUGGGAGUAUGUCUGUCAGUUAACACUGGGUGAUGGAGAGCAACUAUUAACAAGAACAACAUUGACAGAAAUAGAAAUGAAGUCGAACACCGUAAUGUCUAGUAAAACACAUUCACGAACAUCAACAGCUGCCAGAUCAACUGUUGAUUACAGUACCAUAAUGUUACUUGUUAUUGUCACCUCUGUUAUCUCUCACAUCUCACAGGACUAGGUUAUCCAAUACGGGUGAUAUUUAUCUUAACAUCACCAUUGUUGUCUCUCUACUGGUGGAUUUUCAGCUUUGUUACCUUCAAAAUUAGUUAGGAUAUCGUGGCCCGAGGAGUAACUGGUUCUGUGUCCACGUUUCACUUAUAGUGAAAUAAAUACUGGCAUAAGAACUAUCUGCGAAUCAACGGGCUUUUAUUUUGGGUUCGUCUAGCUCACAAAGUUAUAUGUCCACUUUCACCAAUAGGAAAUUGUCUGACAAUGAAAAUGGACAUAGUAGAAAAGUAUUGAUUAUUAGGCACCUUAAGUAAAAUGUACAAGUUCAAUAUGGAGAUGGUUUAGUUGACAAAAAGGCCCAAUUUGCAUUGCCUGCAUGCUUUAUGUAACGUUAACCCUUUCGAUGCCAGACGUCCAGAUUUCUAGACAUAGGUUAUUGUUAACUAUAAAGGUUGUAUGUUUAGUUCCCAGUACUGCUAAUAGGUGGCUGACUGUCAGUUUGCCUGUUUUACUUUCGUUUUCGUUGGGAACUUGUGCAAAUUGGACCAAAAACGUUGUUUUCGUCCUAAAAGGUCGUAAUAUUUAUUAGAAUAUUAUGAAAUUGAUGGAAACACUUCCUUUAAAACUAUGUGAUCAGACUUUCUUGAAGCACAAAAUUAUAUAUCCUCGCGGCUGACAAAUUCAUAAGAUUUUGUAAACGACAAAGUCCAAUCUCCAUUUAUCGUAUUUAAGUUAGACCAAAUUGAAUUAUAUUGCAUUUAGAAACACCACAUACUCUGCUAGCUUCUUAUAUUGAUAGCUUUCACAACUGUGAAAAUUUGGUAAAACUUCAUGUAGUUUCAAAAUACACUGAUGCCAAACUUCACACCCAUUUUUCUCAAUUUAAUAAAAAUGUGGACGAGUUAAUCCUCAGCCCACGAUAUUUGAUCCGUGACCAUUUCUAGGGAAAUAAGUUUUGACGACUGUUACCUUUGUUGUGAAAGGUUUAUUUCAUCUGAUUUUACAUACUUGAACUGUUUUUUCUCUAACACUUCUAAUUAUAAGCACUAAUGGAUUGGCAGCCGCCCCUGUAUCAUUAACUCUCUACACGCCACCGACAUGGACACUGUGAAGGGACAUAUUUAGAUAUUGUGGACUUCAUGAUUAUGUUAAAAUUCAUGAUGGUAUAUAGCGAAAUUCAGAACCUUUUUCCCGGAUUAUGCAUGAGUAGCUUUAAAGAGAAAUUUUGAGUUUAAAUAUUUCAAAUUUGUCUUAAAGGUGCUCUUGCAUAAUCCUCUGGCAAGGUUCUGAAUUUAGGUGCAACUUCUAUUAUACAUCCUGCACACCUCAGGUCUAUUUCCUGGCCAGUUUAACAAAACUAGACUAGCAUCACACAGCAUACCUACCAAAUUUAUUUGAAACCGAUUAAAAGGGUUGGAGGAGUCGAAAAUUUGCACGAUCAAGGGGUGUCGUUACCUCAGAACUAUAGGAUCACUCAAUGAGUAGCAUCCAUGUCAAGAUUUAUCAAAAUUAUUCAUUUAAUUUCAGACUAACUCGUAUCUUUAUCAUCUUAUAUUAGGGUUAUCCUUACCAUAUUUCAGAGCUAUUUAUUUAAAAGAAUAAGAAGAUUUUGUAAGAUUACUUAUUUUUGCCCCUUAAAUCGGUUCGGGCUUGAGUGGGAAUACUUUUUUAAAAGUCUAUAAAUGCCCCAAUUUCGCAGCGGUCUCUAUUCAGUGAAUUACAAUUGGAAGAAUACAGUUUUGAUUGUGUACCACGUGUAUACUUCAAUAUCGUAAAACGGCAAAAGAGCUACAUAUCAAUCCUACAUUAUACUGCAUAAAGCCACCUUCACAAAUAUCGAAGACCUGGCUACAUUCUUACUAUGCGCAAAAGUGGUAAGGUCGCGAUAAAAAUCGGAAACCGCUCAAAGCGUAAAGACAACUAUAAUCUGAGUGCGCGGAAAAUAACAUAAUUUUUACAGACUGUAGUCUUACAAUAAUUAAAAAUUUGUGUAGGCUAUAAGAAUCACCAGUUGAAGACUAAUGCCCGGCUUUCUCGUCGGCUACGAAUGCUACGACUACCCCAAAUCGCAAUUAAUCGAAAUUUGUGGUGAUUCGGCAAAAAAAAAAUCAAAAA